AUGCUUGAUGUCUUGAAAGCCAUUUCAAGAUUUUCUCUGUUUUCACAGACCAGAAGUAUUCCUUUCCCUGCAGUCCAGUCAUCACUGGAAAAAUGUGUAGACCGACUGAAGUUGCUGAAACAGGAUACCAGUCGUGGCGCUGAGUGGCAGAAGUAUGUGAAAGGAGAUUACAACCAUGUUCUCACCCAGUGCGCUAUAUCUGGCCAGGAACACUUGUCUGAAGCAACCAAAGUAAAGGAUACUGGAUAUUCUCAUUGACUGUGUCGGACAACGCUGCUCUGACUCAGUCCUCUUAGAACUAGACAAGCUAUCUCUGCUGCUGAAUAUCACAGGGUGGAAGGAUGGACUUUUUUCUCUGGAUUCUGUGUCAUCCAAUGGCAUCCGAACGUGGAAAGUAUCUGACUGGUUGGAUGUAGAAAUAGGCAACCUCAGUGAGUACAUCUUUAUCGAACAGCAGUUGCUGGAAUAGGGCAUUGCAGUAGAAGAAAUCCUUGUAGAGUGGAGAGCACUGAAGCGAAAACUUCCAACCCUUGACAUCGACUGGGAGCAUCCUGAAAAGAUCAGCUGGGAAGAUGUCAUCAGCCAGAUGUCAGCAGAUCAUUUCAUCAGUCUUAUUGGUCUAGUUGAUUUCUUGGGGACAUUCUGCCUCUCAAGUGCAGAAGCAGAGAGGGCGGCUUUAGCCAGCUAGAUGUUGUCAAGACAGAUAAAAGGUCACAUUUACAACAAAGCCCACUGGAAGAUCAGACUAAGGUGCGGAAGCUUUCCUGGGAAAGCAGAGAGUUAAGGUGGGCAAAGAGAAAACUGGACAAGAAUCAUCUAGAUUCGCUGCCAGGACUCUCUAAACUUGUCAUGAUUCUAAGACAGCAAGGGGAACCGUCCACCAAACCAAAGCCAGCCAACUGCCCAGAUUGGGCAUGUAUUGUGCCUACGAAUCCAGCAGAUGCUGCUGGACCAGGGGACGAUAAUGCCACAGCAGUGGAUUUAAAUGUUUCCUGGUGA